AUGGCUCAUGAGUGCGGCCCAAGGUGGCGUGGUCGCAUCGUGAAGAACGCACGCUCUGGCGUGACACUUGUCGCAAAAUUGGGAACUGAGAGCGCGACUUGCACUCUACCACAGGAUCUUGCCACAGGCGGUUCAGACAAGAUCGGAAAGCAGGUCGACGAUGCAGGAAACGCCCCUUGUGUGGUGACUCUCCACGGAUAUGACUACAUCGUCGUCGAGAUGAUGGUACAACACAUACUUGACGACGAGUACCAGCUAGACGACACCCAAGAGCUCGCCAACUACCAACUGACUCACCUGAAGAAAGCUCAACCUGGUAUCGAAGACAACAGUAUCACCGUACGUGUUGAAGGACCUCUAGCAGAGCUCCACGUCAAGGUAUAUCUCUGCGCGAAAGAGAUGGAGAUGCCGGAACUCCUCCACAUUGCUAGAAGGAACAUCCGGAAUUCUCUCCUCACGGACUCUCCUACUGCCGAACAGUUUAUCAACAUUCUGGAGAAGCAUAAGUUGUACGAGCCGUCAGAGCACAUCGAAGAGAAGCUUCUGAACGUGGUCGCGGCUUGUGGAGCACUCCAUCGUCCUCGCUGGCUCCAAGAAGGUGGUACAAAGUAUCUUGAAUUCCUCGGAAACCUCGGAACCUCUCGAUAUGCGAAGUACGAGGCGGCGGCUGAGCGAGACUGGACCGUACACAACCUCCAACAUAACCCCAAAGAGCACGCCAUUACCUACACCCCCGCGGAUCAGCACCCAGCGAGCAAGAAGCGACUGUCGGCUGAUCCUUCGCUUGACAUGCGAACCCCCAAGAUGCGUACUGUCGGUACAGGACAAGGUCAGCGUGGAAAUAUCGGCGGUCGCCUUCUCCAGCGCCCUGGUUCGAGCAAUACCUACCAACCUACUGUCGAGGACCACAGCGAUUCGCCUACCCCCCGUCGUCGUGACCAUGGAAUCUCGGCCAAUCGUACCAACAAAGCACUGCCGCCUACACCCACGCCAUCUGAGCUGGACAGGUCUUGGCAGUCUAUGGGCGGAUCCAAGGCGUCUCAAGGUGAGAAGGCAGCCUCGUCUGCAAUGAACCCGGCGACAGGUCUUCUGCGUACCCCUCGUCCAGGCUCGAGCCUACGACGGAGCCAGACAGUCCGCGGUGAGACCGAUGGCCCUGAAGAUGUCGAUGGACCGGAUCUCUUCGCCGACUUCAAUCCUCCGUUCGCCUCUCAUACUCCACAAGGUCCUAGUCCCGUUGCUCCGCGAACUGCGCGCAACCAAGGAGGUGAUCAGCCGACUUCGGACCAGACCAAAGUCGACCGUCAAGAUGCUAGUGAGCACGCUGUUCCCGAGAACGUCGAUGACUCUAGCUUCAUCCCCCUGAUCAGUUCAUCCGACCACGGCAUGGACGACAACACCGAGGUCCCACGUAUCGAAUACAGCUUCGAAGAGGGCAACACCACCAUCCAGGUUCCCCAAGUUCCCGCCCUCGUACCCACUGUCGCUGCUCGUAGCACAUCAGAUGAGACUGGUGGUCGUGAGAACAAGCAAGACACCAGCAUGACUGAUGCGCCUGCUGACGGAGACGUUAAAGUCAAGGAUGAAGAUCGCAUGGAGGAAUAG